AUGUCUCAUCUCGAGGAAGAACUGAACACCCCUUUUGAUCCUUUCGCUGACGUUGAAGAGGAGAAGGCUCCUAAGGCUGCCAACCAUAUUCAUUUGCGCAUCCAGCAACGUAAUGGUCGUAAGACCUUGACGACGCUCCAGGGCCUUCCCACGCAAUACGACAACAAGAAGAUUCUCAAGGUGUUCAAGAAGGAAUUCGCUUGCAAUGGUACGAUUGUGGAUGAUGAGGAGCUAGGUCAAGUGCUUCAGCUCUCUGGCGAUCAACGCUUGAAGAUUGCCGAGUUCUUGGUCAAGGAAGAGAUUGCCAAGAAGUCAGAGAUCAAGGUCCACGGUUUCUAG